UUGCUGUGUCGUGUGCCUCCUCCACUUGCUCAUCUGCGAUCCACCCAGUUGUAGUCAUGCGGUGCUGUUCUGCGCGUAAACUUUCUUCCUUUUGAACUAGUUCACGCACUGCCCGUCCGUCCGUCCGUCAUGGAGUACUGGAGGCAGUGCGCCGCGUGGCUCAUCGGCUGCAAGGUUCUGCCAGUCAACCAUCGCGUCACCGCGGACACCGCGCAGGUGUUCGACCUGGCGCAGACGCUGCGCGACGGCGUGCUGCUCUGCCAGCUGCUCAACAACUUGAAGGUGCACAGCAUCGACUUGAAGCAGAUCAACCUCAGGCCGCAGAUGUCCCAGUUUCUGUGCUUGAAGAACAUUCGCACCUUCCUGAUGUGCUGCUGCGACGUGUUCGGCAUGAAGAAAAGUGACCUCUUCGACGCCUUCGACCUGUUUGACGUGCGCGAUUUUGGAAAGGUAAUGGACACUUUAUCCAAGCUCUCAUACACAGCAAUUGCCCAGCAAGGAGGAUUCAAGCCUUUCCACACAGAGGAGAGUCUAAAGGACGAAGACAUUUACAAUCAUCUGGAAGACCUGAUUGAUGAAAAUGGCAUGGAAGGUGAGGAGGAUUUGUACGUGGCAGUUUACAGCCUGGAAGAAGACUAUUCAGGAGGAGAGAUUUAUGAAGACCUCAUGAGGACCGAGCAGCAGAAGCAGGUCGAAAUGUCAGACGUUCGCAGCUGCUGCCUCGCCGAGAUCAAACAGACGGAGGAGAAGUACACCGAGACGCUGGAAUCCAUCGAGAAGUAUUUCCUCAACCCGCUCAAGAAGUUUUUCUCCGUGGCCGAAAUCGACCAAGUGUUUGUAAAUAUCCCAGACAUGGUGAAGGUUCACAAGAGUCUGAUGGCUGACGUUCAGGAUUCCAUCGUCAAUAAGAACGCAUUGAAUCUCUACCAGAUCUUCAUCAGCUACAAAGAGAGACUUCUCAUCUAUGGCGUCUACUGCAGCCGCGUGGAGAUUGCCAUUGCUGUGCUUGACCUCAUCUGCAAGGAGAAAGAGGAUGUGCGGCUCAAGCUGGAGGAGUGUUCGAAAAGGGCCAACAAUGGCAAAUUCACCCUGAGGGACCUGCUGGUGGUCCCCAUGCAGAGGGUUCUCAAGUACCACCUCUUGCUACAGGAGCUUCUCAAGCACACUCACGAUGCCACAGACAAGAGCAACCUGAAGGUGGCGCUGGAUGCCAUGAAAGACUUGGCUCAAUUUGUCAAUGAGGUCAAGAGAGACAACGAGACUCUACGGGAGAUGGACCAGUACCAGCGCUCCAUCGAGAACCUGAACCAGCCUCUAAUCCGCUAUGGUCGCCCGAGAGGAGAUGGAGAAGUGCGCAUGGUGUCCAACUUUGACCGGAGGAAGCUGGACAGACACCUCUUCCUGUUCGACGUGGCCGCCGUGGUGUGCAAACGACGCGGCGACAACUACGAGAUGAAGGACGUGCUUGACCUCAAUGUCUUCAAGAUUACCGACAACCCCAUGUCGGACAAGGAGGGCAAGAAGUGGUGUUACGGCUUCUACGUGACGCACCAGCAGGGCCACACAGGCUUUGAGCUCUUCUUCAAAACCAGGGAGCUGAAGAAGAAAUGGCUGGAUCAGUUUGAAAUGGCUGUCUCGAACAUCCGACCGGCCUUGGCCAACCAUAAUGGUCACCACUUCAAAAUGCACACCUUUGACCGAAUCUCUUCAUGCAGCUUCUGUCACCUGCUUCUCAGGGGCAUCUUCAACCAAGGCUACGUUUGUUUAAAAUGUACAUUGGCUGUCCACAAGGAGUGUCUGGGUCAGCUGGGAUUCUGCAGGAGGACAGAGUCAUCCAAGAAGCGCUCCAAGGUCGCACCGAUGUCAUCGCUUAUCUCCACUCAGGAAGGCACAACACCUCCAGACUCAGGUCUCCCCAGGAUGCUGGUGAUCCAAGACUAUGACGGCGUCCCCUCCCCACCAGGCGGCCCCCCGUUGUGCGCCCGCACGGGGGACGUGAUCGAGCUGAUGUUCGCCGACCUGCACAGCUCUUGGUGGCAGGGCAGAAUCCCGGCGAGCGGCAAGAUUGGCUUCUUUCCCAGCGUCGCCGUGAGGCCUUGCCCCUGCCUACCCAAGCCUGUCGAUUACUCGGCGCACCUCUGGUUCGCCGGGCCUAUGGAGAGGUGCCAGGCCGAGGAGGAGCUCCAGGACCGAGGGAACAGCACUUAUCUGGUUCGGCAUCGGAGUAAAGAAUGCACAGAGUACGCCAUUAGUAUAAAGUUCAACGACAGAGUCAAGCACAUUAAGAUUCUGACCAAGGACGGCUGCUUUUACAUCGCAGAGAGUCGACUCUUCAAAACGCUGCUGGAUUUGGUGGAGUACUACAAGCAGCACUCCUUAAAAGAAGGCUUCAGCAGCCUCGACACCAAUCUGCGCAUCCCUUACCGGGAAUGCUCCGACGGAAGCUCGUCUUGGGCCAUUAGCAAGACUGGCAGCGUGUUUUCUCCCAGAGUGUUAGCCGUGGCCGUGGCUCGCUACGACUUCAGCUCCAGAGACGCGUGGGAGUUGUCUCUGCUGCGGGGGGACGUGGUCAACAUCUACACCAAGACAUCCAGCGGCUGGUGGAAGGGGGAGGCGGCUGGAAAGGUGCGGCUCAAUAUGACUUGGUUUGAAUCUAUUCACUUGUGAAUUUGUUCACUCGUUCCCAGGUGGGCUGGUUUCCGUCCACUUACGUAGAAGAAGACUGAUUCAUCCGGAUGUCUCUGAUGUCACUGGGAGAAACUCAACAGACUAUGCCCUUGACCCCACCCGGCCCCUCCCUGACAGGACUCUUAUGCAGAGCACAUGUCAAAUCACAAAUACGUAUCUACCCAUCGUCCAUCCAUUUCCUUCCCUGACUCACCUCGUCUAAUUAUUGAUGGCUCGUGUGAAAAUUCUGUCGGCUGUCGUCAGGUUGCAUUAGCGUGGAAGGCUCAGUCAGCCGACUGGAAGAGGGCAGGCUAAUGCUGGAACUCUCUUGUGUUCACAUCAGCUCGAGAUGUUCCACCCCCCAUGGCUUCCUUCCCCUUCCCAGUUCAACUUGUUAAAGCAAGAUGCAAAGGGACCAUGAAAGCUCACCGCCACCGCUGCAUGAAAUAAAUGAGGACAAACGGAUUUCUUUCCAAGCUGCGGGAGGCGAGCGGACACAGCGCUUCUUUUAUUUAUGAAAGCCGUCAAGAGCACAUACACAUAUGAUUCCUCUAACGGGGCAGGGUGUCGACAAUUCCGGCCGGCCCAGGCUGAUUUGCAAUCCAAGUGGAAAGAUUUGAUGGUAUUGAGGGAUAACGGACAAGAGCUGGGAUGGUGACGCUGAACAGGAUUACCAUGUCUAGCUGGGGGAGGUGAUUGUAUUAAAAUGAGGAGACAUGCGAUUGGGUUGCGGUCGUGAUGAGAAAGCAAAGCAAAAAAGUAUUUCUUUCCGGAGGGGGUCAACUUCCUCGCCUGAAGCUAAAUUGAAAAUACGCAUCAUGGUUUAUUUCCUGCAGUUGUUGUUGAAGACGUGUAUUCCGAUUGGAGGUUAGGACCACGUCGUAUUUACAUGGCAUCACAUUGCUGUGUAUUAAAUUGCAUUGCAUCACAUUGUAAUGCCUUGCAUCCCUUCUGCUCAAUGAUAAAAAUAGAUAGAAAUAAAUCCUCUUAUUGUCUUACGGUAUACCUUUAGCAAGCCAACAAAAGGCAGUUGAACUCAUUUAGAUCGCAAUUGGCAUCGUAUUGUUCAGCAUCAUGCCGUAUUACAUUGCAUCACAUCCUAAUAUAUUAUGCAUGAUAUCAUUUUGCCAUGUAUCACAUUGCAUUGAUAGUGAUACCAUUCUGUUUUAUGUCUACGGCUAAAAUUACAGACAGAAACAAACAUAACGCAAAAAUUGUAUCCCAUUGUAUUGUGUGAUUGAACCAUUGUAAAGUAUGGUAUCAAAUCGUAUGGCAGACUAUUGCAUCAUAUCACAUUGCAUUAGAAAUUGGGAUGAUUCACUUGUGAACACAAAUGCUUUUUGCGUAUUCUAUUGGAUUUGUGUUGUUAUGUAGCUUUCGGUAUUGUAUCACUUCGUGUUGAAUCACCCCGAAUUCCUCGAGCGUAUAACAUGGCAGCCCAUCGCAUUUUAUGGCCUCGUACACGGCGUCACGUUGGAUUAUAUGGUAGCGUCACGUUCCGUUGUAUUCUGUCGUAUCAUAUCGUCUCUCCUCGUGUCGCAUCUCAUCGUAUUUGUAAUGAAUCCUUGUAUAACCUCGUAUUGUAUCAUCAAACACACAUGGGAUCACAUGAUAUCAUAUUGUCCUUUUUGCCAUCAUAUUUGUUGCGGGUGGUAGAUAUGAUCCACAAGCUGUGUUCGAAAAACCUUGUUCUGCUUAACACCUUCUUUUGUAAAGAUUCUUGCCGCCGCCUACAGCACGUAAAGACAUGCUUGUCCUAGGUGGGGGUCUCAUAUAAUUUGCUCCGUAAAAGCCCAACCUCUUCAUGUCUGAUGCUGGUCCGGCAAUACAAAGGCGACAAAGCCUCCAUCACGGUAUGUCAGCUGUGAUAUGUUUCACCUUGCCUCCUUCCAAUGAAUGGAAAGGUGUUUACACUUUGAAUUGGCUCUUUGUAGCAACUAUCGAUUUGUGCUGUACACUCUUGCGUGUGUCGCAAGCCAGCUAUCCGCCCACUAGUCCUCCUUACCAUUUGUUGCCAACUAAACAUUACCGAUAUCAUUUUUGCUUGUGGAAUUGAGAAAAAAAAUGAAAUCAAACGUUCUCAUAAAUACUGCUGAUUACAUAAAGUAUCAUCAAUCGUGUCGGAAAUCUGUAAUCUAUGACAUUUGGAUCUUGCAAAGACAUCUGAAAAAAUAAGCAGAGCAUUGUUCUCAAAGGCUCUUCACGCCAGUUGCCAUUCUCCGCGUAUACUUUCACUUUUGUUUCCUUUCUUUCCCUGACAAUGGCACGGUGACGAUAGGUCAAGGAUGAUUUAUUCUUCAUAGUCUCGCGUCGCGCUUGCUUGAGCUCGGCACCCGCCGCUUUGAUUCCCCCUUCACUGUAAACAUCCCUGAGACUCAGGAACGCCACCGAAGUUUGGGGGUGGCUUUUAAUUUCGAGUUUAAAACACCGGGAAAGAAGCGAAGGCUCCGUGUUGCUGUUUUUAGCUGGCGCGACAUUAAUAAUCAAAGAGUUUUAGAAUAAAAUGCGCAGCCUGGGAAAUAGCGAGGCUCUUCGCGUAUGCACGCCGAUAAUAUUAUUGUUUACAUUGUUGACUGCCAGAAAAGUUUACUCUCUCCCGUUGCGACGCAGCGUUUGUGUUUUGCAAUGUUGACAGCACAUUGCGCCUCCUUGGGAGGUCAGUCGAGUUGCACGAGGCUCACAUUUGAUAUCACGUUAACGAAAAAGCCUGGAGUAUCAUAAAAGACCGAUUUCAUUGCACUAACAUGUCAUAAAUGUAAUUGUCGGCCCUUAAAGGCCGCCGCAGUCGCUAAAGUGCCACUUCACGUUCCGCGGGGGCCAUUUUAUAUCCGGAGAGGCCUCAAGCUAAACUGUUCAAUCUCUAAAGAGUUUACAAGGAUGUCAGAUAGAUGCAGUUUUAUGGCAUACGCUUGACCGCAAUCUCCCAAAUUUGUCUUAAAAUGUUUGACUCAUUGCGGUGGAUUUAUUGAUGCAAAAAAAUAAAGCUGAGUUUAUACAUCUGCAGUCUUAGAACAUUCAAUUUCAAGUUGCAGCUACUUUUGUAUUUUUAUUUUCCGACUCAAAUUAAAACAAUUCUAAUGACGCUCCAGUCUGAAGAAACGUAAACGCUCCACUGAAUUAAUAUCCGAUCCUGCUUGGCUUUAAAUGGCUUUAUUUUAUUUUUUUUUCUAAAAUGGCUCCUCACAACUAUUAUUUUACAAUUCCAAAAACAGCCGUUCUCUAUAUUCUUUGUCGACUGCGCAGUUUAAUGAAAGGCACUUACACUCGACUCAAACACAGUACGGUAUUUCACGACAAGCCUCGGGAAGGAAAUUAAUCUCUCAAAUAAAAUUGGUCCCAGCACUCAAUAUGCCACCCAGUGGGAUGCGACUUCAUUUUUAUUCAUUGACCCUCCUUGAAUUAAAGCUAAUUUUCCCUCAGCGCUUCGCUGUCACAAAGGUCUCCCGCGCAGCAGGAUGCCAACUUUCCAGAAAAUUCCCUCCCCAUCUUCCAUUUUGAUUCAAGGAUUAUUCGGGAUUCCAGGUGGAAGCUCACCACUGGCCAAUCGUCUUUUGCGUUGGUGGUUUUUCUCGGGUCACAUUUAUAAACGGAAAGGAUUGUUUGUUUGUUUUAGGCCUGAUUAUCAGUGUUAUUAAUCAGCUUUUUGUGAAUAAAUUACCUUAUUUGGGCUAUUUUGUUACCAAUAGCUUGAGUCCAACUUUAUUUUUAAUGGUUUUACUUUUGGAGUUUUUUUUUUUUUUUUACUCUCUUUUACUGUAUUGACCAUUCAUUCUGGACAGAGGACUUUAUUUUGGCUCUUGUGCCACCGUUUUUGUGGAUUUAAUUCCAUCUGUUUGUGGUGUUUUGGUAGGUUUCCAUUUUCCCAUCUUUGUUGUGAUUCCCUUGGCUUGAUAGGACUCUCAAUCAGAGCUGGUUUUGAACAGCUUUUUGUAAACAGAUAGAGGACUUUAUUUGUCUCUUCUGUGACCGGUGUCGGCAUGUUAGUCCAUCUGUUUGUGCUGUUUGGCAAAAAGGGAGCACUGAUUAGACCGCUACGUUAGCUUUGGCAGAACCAACAAAGUGCUGCAUUGCGCGUGUUGUUUGAUGUCAAAUUGGGAUGGGUCACACAAAAUUUGUGUGGUUGACAUAAAUGUGAAAAUAAAGCACACAUGACUA